AGAGAUCUUCCGGUAUACUGGAAAGAAUUGGGAAAGUUGUUUGCUCUGCUAAUUUUGUGGCAUAAAUGAGCUCCCCUUCUCUUGAAACAUUAGCCUUGUGUUAGCAAAACAUAAAAUACAAGGAAGCUCAUUACACAUCUUCUAAUGGAGCCAGCCUGGAUCAUUUGUUGGCAGUACAUAUUGGCUGAAGUCAGUUUUCAUUUCAAGAUGUUUUCCUCCAAUGGGCUUUUGGUGUAGGAUGUUGGAAUACCAAGAGCAGGAGGAGGUGAUCACUGUGCGUGUUCAGGACCCCCGCGUGCAGAAUGAGGGCUCCUGGAAUUCUUAUGUGGAUUAUAAGAUAUUUCUCCACACCAACAGCAAGGCCUUUACUGCCAAGACGUCCUGUGUGCGUCGCCGCUACCGUGAGUUCGUGUGGCUGAGAAAGCAGCUGCAGAGGAACGCUGGUUUAGUCCCUGUACCUGAACUUCCUGGGAAGUCAACCUUCUUUGGCAGCUCAGAUGAGUUCAUCGAGAAGCGCCGGCAAGGUCUGCAGCACUUCCUGGAAAAGGUCCUGCAGAGUGUGGUCCUCCUGUCGGACAGCCAGCUACACCUCUUCCUGCAAAGCCAGCUCUCGGUGCCUGAGAUCGAAGCCUGUGUCCAGGGCCGAAGCCCCAUGACCGUUUCCGACGCCAUUCUUCACUACGCUAUGUCAAACUGCGGCUGGGUCCAGGAGGAGAGGCGAGGUCCUUCUCACCUGGCUAAAGGAGACCAGCCAAAGAGUUGCUGCUUUCUUCCCAGAUCGGGCAGGAGGAGCUCUCCCUCCCCACCUCCCAGGGAAGAAAAGGACCAUUUGGAGGUGUGGGCUCCUGUUGUUGACUCUGAAGCUCCUUCCUUGGAAAGCCCCCCUCUGCCACCCUCCCCCUCGCCAUCAUGCUGUGAUUUUACAAGACCGGAUGAGGGAACAUCUGCUCCUCAGCCAGUGAGGAGGGCCGCGGCAGGGGACCCUGCCGUGCCUUUGGACCCUGGGCAGUUAGAAACAGUUUUGGAAAAAUGAGCUUCUGGUCUGAGUCCUGAGUUCUGCUCCAAGGCGGCACAGGGAUUGGUCGGAGUGGGAUCGGGCACAGGGCAGGUGUGGGCAGUUGGGCCACCACUGUCUUACGGUCGCUUCUGUUCAGGUUGGUUGCACAGAGGUGGAUGGCAACAGCUCCUCAAGCUUCCUCCACGGAAUUAAACACUGUGCAGCUGUAAGUUAGGCUUUAGGCCCUCGGGCCGUUGGUUUUGCAGGAGACAUGAGGUGUAUUUACUCCCCUGGGAGCUGAGUUUCUUUAGAUGUUCCUGAAUGGGCCAGGGAGCAUUGCCUCAGGUGACUGGUUUUGGGGGCAGAUGUUAAGCUGUCCUAUAGAAUACUGACCCAGCGGAAAUGCUUGCAUAGUUGUAUUGCCAGGGGCUGUGUUUUUGUUGCGGCCCUUGGAGCACUUUCUUUCUGGGAGGCUGGUCUCUUGCCUGCCUCCUCUCACUGACCCGGUGGUGAACGCUGAUUUUCCCACCCCCUUGCCCGCCUUCACUAAUACCAUGGAACUGAACGGUGCUGUGACUCCUGUCGCCGGCGUUCCCUGCAUACCCCAAGACCUCAGUCUCACCGUGUGGGGCCGAGACUCAUGGAAUAGCUCACGGCCAUCUGCUGAAGAGGAGUGGUCAGCACAGCCGGAGAAAAGGCAGCGGCCCAGGGGGUUUUGUUUUAGAAAAGGCCGUCCUGGGUCCUGGGUCCUGAGCUGUCGCUGUCCCCUCUGGUUAUAAAGCAGAGGCGUGACUAUGUUUCCUGCAGGGUUAGCGUGGGCUCCUCGUUUUUUUGAAUCCUUCUCUUCUCCCUUAGUAACAGCCCCUGCCCCCAGGGCUUCAGCUACCACAGCGUCCCUCUGCUGUGUGGCAGGGAGGCCGUCUGUUCAGUCCAAUGGGACGCAAGGGCUUUGUUUGUGCUUGGAGAGGGCUCUGGGGAUGGAGAUGAGGAACGACAAGCCUUCAGACAAUGAGGCGUUCUGCCCUCCUGCUGCCGUAAUUCCUCCCCGCUGAGAAGCCGGCGCGGGGAGGAGAGCUGCCAGCUCCGGGCUGGUUCUGUGCGUGGCCGGGCACUCAGGUGUGGCUGUGCGGCUCUCCCCUCGCCCACCCCUGCCUCCUCCAGCCGCCCCACCCCGUCCGGGGGCUCCUUUACUACCAGCCUGGGCUGUGGGCCUGUCAUGGCAUUUGGUUCAGAGUUGAGGGGCUUUGGCCUGAAAUAAAAUUCCAAGUAUUUAA